CUACUUGCUGCAACAAGCCUGUGAACAUCGCUGCACAUUAACUGUAGUUUGGGUUUGACGAUUUGUCUCCUCCGGCUUCAUGUCGUAUCGAGCUUCGUGGACGCUGAAAGCUGUCGGCAGAGUUGAAGCAGAGUUGAUGAGAGACUAACAGCUUGAUUUUUAAAGAUGACGUUAGCAUGAGCUUUACGUGGCUUUAUAAUGAUAGUUAGCCGAGAAGCUAAUCAGCUAAUGUUAGUUUGUUUGGCUAACGUUCCGUUGAGCUUGUUGAACGGCUGUUGAGUUUUAGCCAAUGGGGCUAAACGGCUAACUUAACGCAAGCAAAGUUUAUUUUAAUUUGCUUGAAGUGAGUGAACUCGGAUCAGAUGGUCAGCAGCACAGAGUAGAUGCUUCUGUGCUGGAUUAGCCGUUAGCCGUUAGCAGUGGAUCUGAGAGAUUUCACUGUUGAGUUGUAUACGCGUUAUGAUUCAUCCGGUUGUUUGAUGGGGCUUUCAAGGAUCAUGAUGCCGCACAAGUUCCAGCUUUUGGCUGUUUUAGCCUUUGGAGUGGCGAUGCUGUUUGUUGAGAACCAGAUCCAGAAACUGGAGGAGUCAAGAGCCAAACUCGAACGCACCAUCGCCAGACACGAGGUGGCUGAAGUAGAGCAGCGGCACAAUGAAGAUGCUGGGCGGGAAUCGUCACCGCCAGCAGACAAAGACGACAUGGUCAUCAUCUACAACAGAGUGCCGAAGACGGCCAGCACGUCCUUCACUAACAUCGCCUACGACCUCUGUGGGAAGAAUCGCUUCCAUGUCCUGCACAUCAAUACAACCAAAAACAACCCUGUCAUGUCUCUGCAAGACCAGGUGCGCUUUGUCAGGAACGUCACCUCGUGGAGAGAGAUGAAGCCCGGCUUCUACCACGGCCAUGUAGCUUAUCUGGACUUCUCCAAAUAUGGAGCGAAGGGUAAGCCGAUGUACAUAAAUGUGGUGCGGGACCCCAUAGAGCGCCUGGUGUCAUAUUACUACUUCUUACGCUUUGGAGACGACUACAGACCGGGUCUUCGACGAAGGAAACAAGGGGACAAAAAGACCUUUGAUGAGUGCGUGUCGUCAGGGGGGUCCGACUGCGCUCCGGAGAAGCUCUGGCUGCAGAUCCCCUUCUUCUGCGGCCACCAUUCGGAGUGCUGGAACGUGGGCAGUAGAUGGGCCCUGGAACAGGCCAAGUACAACCUGGUGAACGAGUACCUGCUGGUGGGAGUGACCGAGGAGCUGGAGGACUUCGUCAUGAUCCUGGAGGCAGCGCUGCCGCGCUUCUUCAAGGGAGCUACAGAGCUCUACCGCACAGGAAAGAAGUCCCAUCUGCGAAAGACCACCGAAAAGAAGCCCCCCACCAAAGAGACAAUAACCAAGCUGCAGCAGUCCGGCAUCUGGAAAAUUGAAAACGAGUUUUACGAGUUUGCGCUGGAACAGUUUCAGUUUGUGCGUGCCCACGCUGUCAGGGAAAAGGAUGGCGAGCUUUAUGUCCUGGCGCAGAGCUUCUUCUAUGAAAAGAUCUACCCUAAAGCGAACUAAAAGAGCAACGAGGAGCCGCGCAGGACAGCGACAACUCUGUUACAAGUCAUUUACACUGGGAGGAAAAGACUCGAGAGACGCCGGUGAGCGCUCGAGCGCUUUUUCUGGGACCCCACAGUACGGAAAAUCCCUUUCAGAUGCUACUGUGGAAUUUCUACCAAGAAUGUGUAUAUUUUUUUCUUUUUUUAAUUGCUGGUGCAGCUGUUGAGAAAACUUAGCAUGGAGAAACUGUCUGAACUGUGAGAGAGAAUUCAGACCCACAGCGGGCUCAAAUAUAGUGACUGAAUGCGAUACAUCUCAAACACAAGCAGCCUCUGAUUUACGGAGCUCUGUGUUUGGUUUUUCGGCGGCCGUCGAGACAUCGAGUAGUUCAACAAGUUUAAAAGCAGCUUUCAGUGUGUUUUUCUUGAAAAGGAAUUGAGCUCAGAAAGCUGUGCAGCUCCAUCAUGUGUUCUUAGUUUUUGCACAUUACGGGUUAGGUGCACAAAGUCUUGUUUACAAGUUACAGAAGAUAAAAGUAUUACCUGAGCUGCAGCUGUACAUACUGUAUUAACAUGCAGUGAACGCGUCUUUGGACCAAAUGGUAGCAAAAGAAAACAGACUGGACCGUUGCAUCCUUUGGUGCGUGACGACUAAUUUUUUAUCCCACUGAGAUGUUCUCACUUUUUUAGACAUUUAACACAUCGUAUCAGUGUUUCAUCACAGAGGUCGUGCUGUGCGUCUUUCAUUUAGCUGAUAGCUGCUGUUGUAGCCUGUAAGAGAACCACAGCUGGAGCGGGAGGCGAGCACGAAUCGAAUGUUUGGAGUACCAGAGCUUUGACUUGGUCACAGGGUCACUUUCAGCAGGAAGAGACAAGGUCAGAGGUCGAACUGAUAGUGCCUUUAUUACAACAUUUAGGACUUUUUUUUGUUUGCUCGUUUGUUUUUUUUCAGUUUCCAGUGAUCCCACAAUCAUAUUUUCUCUCUUUUCUGUAUGUUCGUAUGAACUGCAGCUCCUGUUUCUCUUCUGUUGCCCUUUAACAACCUAAACAUAAAUACAUCAUU